AUGGGGACCUUCGACCUGUGGACAGAUUACCUGGGUUUGGCACAACUGGUGGGGGCUCUGCGUGGGGAAGAGGAGCCAGAGACCAGGCUAGACCCCCAGCCAGAGCCAGCACCAGGUCCAGGGGAUCAGAGAUCCUGCCCAGAAUCGUCCCUGGCUCCCGAGCGCCUGUGCUCCUUCUGCAAGCACAAUGGGGAGUCCCGGGCCAUCUACCAGUCCCAUGUGCUCAAGGACGAGGCGGGCCGGGUGCUCUGUCCCAUCCUGCGAGACUAUGUGUGCCCACAGUGUGGUGCUACUCGAGAGCGUGCCCACACCCGCCGGUUCUGCCCACUCACUGGCCAGGGCUACACCUCCGUCUACAGCUACACCACCCGCAACUCAGCUGGCAAGAGGCUCACCCGACCUGACAAACCAAGGAUGCAGGACGCAGGACAUCGCAGAGGAGGAGCAGGGGGCCGGCUCCUGAAGGAUGGCGCCCCCAGAGUCCUCCUGCCUUAA